AUGUUGUGGAGGCCACUGAUUGGCAAUACACUGGUCGUCUUACUGGUGCUGGCUAGUGUGAUAAUCGAAAUGCGGUUGUAUAAAAAAGUAUUCAGGAAGGCGAUGGAGCGUCGAGUGGUUGAACAUGUUCAGUCUCAGGAGCAGCGGAACCAGACCAGCUCGGUUAUGAGCUCAUCAGACGAUGAUAGUUAUCUUUCAGGGCUUUAUUACUCCAAUUGGUCGCCAUACUCGCCACGAAUGCAUUUCCCCCACGAUAUAGACUUGUCAAGGGUCUCACACGUCUACUAUGCUUUCUUCUUGGUCGACGGUGUCAGUGGUGCAGUUAAGAAUGGCGACGUCUGGUCUGACACGGGAAUGGAUUUAUACAAGCCUUUGGCUGUCAAGAUGAGUAAAUUGGACGGGGAUGGGGAUGAGACGAGAUCUCUGCCCAAGGGCUGUCUGGGCGAGCUGUUCUAUCUUCGACACGCAGAUCUAUUUCCAGAUCAAAGGACUAGGAAUUUUAAGCUUAUAAUGUGUGUUGGGGGAUGGUCGAACCGAGAUGAGUUCCCCAAGAUGGUGAGGGACCCCAGGCGAGUUGAAGUUUUCGUGAGUUCAUGUAUCGAUACGAUGUUCAAGUACGGGUUUGACGGUAUGGAGUUGGACUGGGAGUUUCCUGAAGAUGAUAACUGUGAACCGCAAGCGUACCUGGAGCUUACGAGAAGACUAAGGGAAAAGAUGAACGAGCUUGAAGCGCAGAUCUUCGGAGCGGCGGCAGGUCAUCCUAAGUUUCAUUUGUCUGUAGCCACGCCUGCGUUCUCGGGAAAGCUGAAGAUUUUGCCCAUCAAAGAGAUGGACCAGUACGUUGACAUCUGGAAUAUGAUGACAUAUGAUUAUUAUGGGGAGUGGUCGGAGAAGACAGGCUACCAUAGCAACCUCUAUGAUGGAUCGCAGAGCGCUCAGGAGGCCUUCGAGAGAAAGCAUAUUUACUCAUCCGACGAUGAUGAAGGGCUAAACGGCGAUUCUGCAGUGCAAUAUAUGUUGAAAGAUGCAGGGAUUGAUUCGCGCAAGGUGUGCCUAGGAAUGGCGGCUUACGGAAGAGGUUUCAAGCAUGUAGACGCCAAAAGCUCGAAUGGAAGGUUUAUCGAUAAGAAGUUUCGUGGAGUAGGGGGAGCUUCAGAAGGUGAGAAGGGCAUGUGGCUCUAUAAUCAAUUGCCUAUCAAGGGAUCUCAGGAAGUUUUUGAUCCAGAGUAUGGAUCUGCUUUCUGCUAUGAUGCUAAGCAUAAGACGUUUGUUGGGUACGAUAACGUCGACUCGGUUCGUAUGAAAGCCCAGUACGUGAAGGACAAGAAUUUAGCCGGCGGAUUUUGGUGGGAGUCAUGCGGCGAUGAUCAUAACAAUCCCUCACGCUCUUUGUUGAACGCCUUCACUGACGAAAUCCGCUCAGUUCGGAAAUCUGACACACUGAUGUAUCGGCAAAACCAAGUUCUGCGCUUCUACAUCGACAAAUUUGGUCCUAAUGGAUACCUAUCUCCUUUCGUGCAAAGAAUUUUGCAGCGCGAAGAAUCGACAGCCUAA